AGGAAGGAUGUACAUAUUUGUGUGCUGCUUCUGCAGUUCAACAACUAAAGCUUCUGAGAACCCUGUGAAGUGCGAUUUGUGGCAUUCAUGUUUAAAAUGCAGAUCAUUUCAAGUUACGCAAUCCUUUCUGUGUUGACUGUAAAUAUUCUGUGUAAUGGCCAAAAAAAUAAGGACUGGAACAUCACCUUCAUUUCAUCAGAGGUUGUCGCGGUUCCAGGAUUGUGCACUCUUAUUUCAUGUACCUUGAUCUAUCCAAAUGAAACAAAACCUUUUACUAACUUCCAGUGGCGUGCAUGUAAUGGAACCAACUGUAUUCAAAUAUUUUUUAAUAACAAAACUGAAGAAAGUAAUAAUCAAAGCAUUAAGAUUCUUCAUCCUGAUCUGGGCCCAAACAACUGCAGCUUCACCAUAGAAGACAUAAAACCAGAGGAUCAAGGAGAAUAUGCAUUCAGGGUGGAGCCACCCGGUUUAAAUCAAACCUCAUUUAAACCUACAGUUAAAAUCAGCAUUCAAGACAAGCCUAUAAUGGAUGUUCCUCCUCUCCGUGAAGGACAGAAAGCUAACCUGACAUGUUCAGCUCCUUUUCCUUGUCCUGAAACUCCUCCUAAAAUAACAUGGUGGAUUAAGAAAACAGGGGAAAACACCACUGAACUAAAGGAUGACAACAUCACUAUGAUCACCUUCAUGAGCUCUUACCACUCAACUUUGACCUUCACUCCAAAUUCUGACUUUCACAAUGCAACUGUAAGAUGUGACGUGAGCUACGGAAGCGAAAACAUCAGUACAAGUAGGACCCUUGAAAUCACGUGUGGUACAAAUGAAUCAAAUGAAGUGAACACGUCCAACAACAAUACAGAAAAUACGACUGUCGCCAAAAAUAAUGCAGAUAAUGGUAUAGAACAUUUCUUGAAGCAUCUGACCACCUCAAAUAUACUCUCGUUCGUGGUGGGAGUGGUGUGUUCAGCGCUCAUCUUCUCAAUGGUUUUGUGCUGCUGUGUUUCUUGCCACAGAGGAAAAAAACAGAAAGUGACAACGGCGAAUCUGGAAACUGGAGUCAGUUUGGAGAUGGCACAGACAGACGUAGCUCAGACUGUAACCAAUGAGGAAACACCUCUUCAUGAACAGUUUAAUGGUGGCAUCCCAAACACAGCUGGACCUACAGAUGGUGAAGAGGAGGAGGGGGCUGUUGGGAUGAAUGCAAAAGAGGUCGACUACGCCAGCAUCGACUACUCCCUUUUAAAGGACAGGGAGCCUGAGGAGGGAGAGAAGGACCCUACGGAGACAGACUACGCUGAGAUCAAGAGGGACAAGAGAGACAAUGGGAAGGAAACUGAAGUCCUUGAGAUGAUCCUUGAGGAUGGAGAUGACCAGACUGAAACACGAGACAAGAUGGAAGGAGAGGAGGAACUUUAAUUCUAACUCACAGGAGCGGAAAAGUAAAGCAACCGCACCAAGUAAUAUUAUAAUUUAAGAUUAUUUUAUAUAUGUAUAUAAAGUUCUGAUGCAUUCUGAAGGUCGGAGGGGCGUGGUUAAUGAUGUCACACUCAUGCUCAAACCGUCAAACGGAUUUUAUCAGAGAAGGUCUGUCAUUUUAAAGGGGAGGAGCAUUUUCAGAUUUGGAUUAAAGAUUAUGAAGGCAAACUAUUUUUCUGUGGACUGACUUGCAUGGAUGAAUUAUUUACCGCAAAAGUAGCAAUGUGAGCUAGCAAAAUAAAUAGUCAAUUUUGAUUUCAUGUUGACUUUAAGAAGUAUAGAAUGUAUUAUUUCUGAGCUUUUAUGUGUCUAGCAUUCAUAUGACAUUUUGUUAGAUUAUUUGUUUAUUUUUUUUUACUGUGUGAAAACUUUUUUUUUUUGGUUUGUAUUAAGGUCCUUGCACACUGAGUCUGAAAUUUGCGUAUGCGUUUUUUCUUUCUUUGUUUUUUUGGGGGGGGGGGUUUUCAAAUCAAAAUGCCUGGUGGGAUGUGAUGUGAAAACGCAGAAAAUCGAACUUGAUCCAAUUUUUUUCAUGACAUUUAUUUCUUUUUUUUAAUGUGCAAAAAGUUAGCAAAGUAUGCAACGUAUACACAGUAUACUCAGCAUGCAAUGACCUUAGGUUUUUAAAGUGCCCCUAUUAUGAGCAGUGAAAGGUACAUAUUUUGGAUUUGAGAGUCCCAAACAACAGGUUGACAUGCAUGCAAGGUCAUAAACACUUUAAAUUUCUCAUAGUAUUUCCUUAUUUGCUCAACGACUCCCAGACAAUUCGUUUUAAUGGUUUCUCUUGUUCAAACCGUUCAUGUGAUUAGACGAUUUAAUUUAAACUAGCGUUUAUGCACUUUUAAUGCUCCAAAAGCAGUACCCAGUGGCAAAGAACGAAUUAGCAUUUUCAUUCAGACCAACACAAAAUGAUCAACAAGUGGGCUGGCAAUAUGCUAAAGUUGCUUGCUGACUUCAUAACACAUUUUAAAAUAGACUUGCUUCUAUGAUUCAGAGUCUCCUCUUUUUUUUGAGAGACCAUAACUUUAUACAAUGUGCACUUUCAGGUUUUUAUUUACUUAGGGUCUGAAUGAAAGGUCUUUUUAAAAUAUCCAUAAUAGGGGCAUUUUAAUACGCAUUUAAGGACGUUUGAAAGCUUUUUUAAACUGUUGCAAAUUAAUUUGAGAUGAUUCAAUAAAGCUUCUACCAGUUA